AUGUCGGCAUCCAGACCAUGCUUUAGCGACUUCCCUAACUUCAAGCAACUCCCCGAUCUCCCAAUCAGCGUCGAGUUCUAUCGACUUGCAUCCCAGCAACGUUGGAAGAAAGGCUCGAAGACCUGGUGCAAGGUGUGGAACCGCUGCAUAAACAUGGAGUACGACAGAGUCAUAGGAAAACAUUUGACAGGGUUGGACGAUUGGCGCCGACUGUGCGAAGAGCUGGAUUUACCAGGUCCUUUCCCUUCCAUUCGGCAGUGUAAAAAGGCUUUGUCGAAGGUCUAUGUUAACAUUGUGGAUGUCCUCGAAUGUCGACAGCUGCAUCGGAAACCAAGAAAGUUCCAUACCCUCGACGCGCUGAUUGCGUAUACCCGGAAUUCGGGCAAAUUUUUCGGCAGAGCUCAAGCUAAGCAGGACCAAUUGCUCAGAACUCUGUUGAGAAAGUUGUUGUGA